GGAGAGCUUCCUCUGCCCAUCUCGAAGGACCGAGUGUGCGACGUUUGUGGUCCCCGUGUGAGGAGGGUGUGAAGUCCCUCUGAGCUGUGGGGAAGGUCGGGAACAGGCUCCGUCGUCAUGGGGGUAGUAGGGGUGAUACUUUCGGCAGCUGCCACAGCUCUCCUGGCAUUAGCUGCUGUCAUUGUCAUCGACUUUCUGCGCCUACCGCGAUCUCGCCAUCUACCAUGGAAGCGUGCCGUCCUGCUCUACCUUCUGAGGCGUGGCGGCAGACUGGUUGGCUAUCUCAAGUGGCGGCAAUUCGUCAAGGAGUCGAAAAACCUUCUCCAGACGCAAGAACAGUUUGUUCUCAACCAGAUCCGCGCCAACGCAUCAUCCGACUACGGGCGGGCCCACAACUUCUCCUCCAUCACCUCCCUGGAGGAGUUUCGUCGCACCCAGCCCAUCACCACCUAUAGCGACUACGAGGACUACAUAUCCCGAGUGGAACGUGGCGACUACGGUGCCAUGUUUGGCGACCGCCAGCCCCCAGCCAUGUUCGGGUGCUCCUCCGGCACAACCGGCCGGGCCAAGCUGAUCCCAAUCUCUACCAGAGGUCUUGACUUCACUGCCAUGGUAGCCGGUUUCUACGGUUCAGAACAGCGGGAUCUCCUUCCGAUCAGCCUGGGUCGCUCGCUGUCGACGUUCUGCGCUCCACGAUAUCGCUUCACCGACAGCGGCAUCAAGAUCGGGUCGGUGAUGGCUACGGCAAUGCAGAGUCCGACGGCCACGCUGCUGGGAACUCUGCCGCCAGAAGCGAUGACCAUCGGCGACCAGGAGGCCUCCAAGUAUGUGGGACUGCUGUUUGGACUACGCGAUCCGAAUGUGGAACGACUGGAUGGAUCGUUUGCGUCCAACAUGUUCACGCUGCUCAAGUUUCUGGAGGACCACUGGCAGAGCCUUGUGCGGGAUCUCCGCAGAGGCAGGCUGGAUGAGAAGGUGAACGUGACGCCCGAGGUCCGGGAGAAGCUGAACGAACUGCUGCAGCCAGAGCCGGAACGUGCUGCUCAGCUGGAAGUAGAGUUUUCCAAAGGUUUCGACAACAUCAUGAUGAGGAUCUUCCCGAAAAUGUCCCUGGUGGCCUCCAACAGCUCGGGGUCGUCAAUGGCCGUCUACAAGGAGCGGUGUCGUCCCUACCUCGGAGACCUAACGAUCCACUCACCGAUCUACAUCUGCACUGAAGGUCUGCUGGGUAUGAAUAUCCGCCACGGCAGAGACCGACCCGGCUACGUGCUGGUGCCGAGUGAAGCAUACCUGGAGUUCCUGCCUGUCGACGACCAGGGGGUGGCUGCAGAGGGGGCGCAGCCAGUACAGGCAAACGAGGUCGAGGUGGGCAAGAUGUACGAGAUCAUCAUCACCAACGUGUCCGGGUUCUACCGGUACAGACUCGGAGACAUCGUGGAGGUGGUAGGCUUCUUCAACCAGAUACCGCUGGUCGACUUCAUGUUCAGAAACGGCCAGAUGCUGAACGUCAACUUCGAAAAGCUCAGCGAACAGAGCUUCACCAGCUCACUGGAGUCAGCAGUACACUGCUGGGGUGGCAUUAAACUGCUCGACUUCACCACUGCUGAAAGUGUGCUCUCCCGUGAAGGAGCUGACGGCCAGCCACCGCACUACCUCGUGUUCUUGGAGACGGAGGGAGGCAUCCCGACGGAGAAGCAGAAGAACAUGAUCGACGAAAAGCUCUGCGAACAAAACUAUGUCUACAAGUCGUUCAGGGUCAAGAACGCCAUUGGCCCAAUGAAGGUGAUGUCGGUGAUUCCUGGAACUUUCUCCAAGUAUCGUGACCAGCUCAUCAGUGGCUCCUCCACAUUCCUGCUUCAGUUCAAACAGCCCCGUGUGCUGAGGUCCGAAAAGCAGGUGCAGUUCUUCAUGGAACACCGAUUAGAAGAGAAAAAGCAGUGAUGAAGGAUGAAAGAAUCCACCAAACUGAGAGCCCAUGUGUAUCGAGCGUGUAAAGUCGGGAGUCAACAACAUCACUAUGCGACAAGACAAAGGAAACAUUUUUUUUUUUAGCUAAGCAAAGCAUAUACAGCAUCGGUGCAUCGUUGAAUACUGCAUGCCUCGAUAUCGAUGACUGGAUGGCCGCUGGUAGACAUUGUUCCUUUAUAUUUACAUACGGACGGUGCUAAGUGAGAUUUCAGAAGGAGCUGGCGAAUGAAGGGUGUGUGUUCUGUAGCGUAGUGACUAUAUGGCGAUCUUUCCAUUAUUCGUGCUAUCGGUCCAUCUACAUAUGUUACUCAGGGGCAGAAAUAUGUGCAUGCAUUGUCCAAAUAUAUUACGGUUGAG